AUGUCUUAUCCGCUUAAAUCCAUUGCUUACUUUUCACAGAAAUCAGUAGAUGUUGGUGCGCGUCAAAAGGAUGCUGAAAGUUUGGAACCGAUUCGAAAACCGCAUCUUCCGUUCGAAUUAUCCAUCAAAAAUGGUUUAACUGUAAAUUCUUGGCUUAUAAUGACCGCAACACCAUUUACAAAUGCUCAUGCGUUCUAUAUAAAUUUUCUUUAUGGUAGCGAAUACUUUUUCCAUUUCAGAGUCGAUUUUCCGAGAGGAAAACAGCAAGGAGCCGUCGUCCGAAAUACAACUAUGAACAAUCUGUGGCAAAAGGAAGAAAGAGAAAUAUCAGAAUUCCCUUUUAUUGCAGGAAUAACAUUUGACAUGAAUUUCAGAUUUGAAUCGCACAAAGUUAUGGUUUUUGUUAAUGGAGACUAUUUCACGAAAUUUGAAUACCGUGGGAAUGUAUCACUGGAUGACGUUAAUCGAAUGACAAUAAUGGGUGAUUUAAUGGUACAAAAACUUCACUUAAAAAUAUCUAAAGAGGACCAAACGAAAGUGGUUGUUUAA